GAGCUGAGGUUAGAUUGCGCCUCCUCACCGCUCCAGCAUCCAGAGGGAGAACAGGUGCGUGGAGCCCUGAUCCUCAGUCUGCGGUGGAGAGCGGGUCCUUCAUGGAGACUGUCCUCCGGCUCCACUGCGGCUGCACACUCGCUACCCAGGCGUCCGAACAGGUGCCAUGAGACGGACAGCGGCGCGGUGGACUGCGGUUGGACCACUACUCUGUACCGACAUGGACCGUGACUACCUAAGUGUCGUAGUGAGACGGUGAGGAGGAGGGGGGGUUAUUUCAGUCCCCGGAGAUCGAACCCUGGUGUUGUUGUCUGCGUUCAACACGUUGUCUGAGAGGACGAGGCAUCAGUGGAAUAGGAUGUCUCCUCAACCCUGCUCUCUCUCUCAGCCUGUCUCCCGAGUUCAACCAUCUCAUCGGCAGACUGAGCGCUCCUGAGUGCUCGCUGCGAUCCUCCCUGUUUGGCUGCCUGGCCGACAUCCCGGGGAGGUUAUGCGACGGUUCGUCUACUGCAAGGUGGUGUUGACCACCUCUCUCGUGUGGGUGCUGGUGGACGUGUUCUUGCUGCUCUACUUCAGCGAGUGUAACAAGUGCGAUGACAGGAAAGACCGCUCGUUACUCCCCGCCCUCCGAGCGGUGAUAUCUCGGAGCCACGAGGGUCCAGGCGAGAUGGGCAAGUCAGUGAACAUCCCCAAGGACGAGCAGGAGAAGAUGAAGGAGCUCUUUAAGAUUAACCAGUUCAAUCUGAUGGCCAGUGACAUGAUCGCACUGAACAGGAGUCUGCCGGAUGUGAGGUUGGAUGGCUGUAAGACGAAGGUGUACCAAGACGACCUGCCCAACACCAGCAUCGUCAUCGUGUUUCACAACGAGGCGUGGAGUACCCUGCUGCGCACCGUUCACAGUGUCAUCAACCGCUCCCCCAGACACUUGCUCAUGGAGAUCGUGCUCGUGGACGAUGCCAGUGAGCGAGACUUCCUGAAGAAGAAGCUGGAGAACUACGUGCGGGCCUUGGAGGUGCCCGUAAGGAUCCUGAGAAUGGAGCAGCGUUCGGGUCUAAUCAGAGCCAGGUUGAGGGGGGCGGCCGCCACCAAAGGUCAGGUCAUCACCUUCCUGGACGCUCACUGCGAGUGUACGGUGGGCUGGCUGGAGCCCCUGCUGGCCCGCAUUAAAGAGGACAGGACAGCAGUGGUGUGCCCUAUCAUUGAUGUCAUCAGUGACGAGACGUUUGAAUACAUGGCAGGCUCAGAUAUGACUUAUGGUGGAUUCAACUGGAAGCUGAAUUUCCGCUGGUACCCUGUUCCCCAGAGGGAGAUGGAUCGACGCAAGGGCGAUAGAACGCUUCCUGUCAGGACUCCCACCAUGGCAGGAGGGUUGUUCUCCAUAGACAAAACAUACUUUGAAGAAAUAGGAAGCUAUGAUCCAGGGAUGGAUAUCUGGGGGGGAGAGAACCUGGAAAUGUCUUUCAGAAUUUGGCAGUGCGGGGGCUCUUUGGAAAUUGUCACAUGUUCCCACGUGGGCCAUGUUUUCCGGAAGGCCACCCCAUACAGCUUCCCUGGAGGCACAGGCCAAGUCAUCAACAAGAACAACAGGCGCCUGGCCGAAGUCUGGAUGGAUGAUUUCAAAGACUUCUUCUACAUCAUAUCACCAGGAGUGAUGCGGGUUGACUACGGAGACGUUUCUUCCCGUAAAGCCCUCCGCGAGGCCUUGAAGUGCAAACCGUUCUCCUGGUAUCUAGAGAACAUCUACCCAGACUCCCAGAUCCCAAGAAGAUACUACUCACUUGGUGAAAUCAGAAACGUUGAGACCAACCAGUGUGUGGACAACAUGGGAAGAAAGGAGAACGAGAAAGUUGGCUUUUUCAACUGUCACGGUAUGGGAGGCAACCAGGUGUUCUCAUACACGGCGGAUAAAGAAAUUAGGACAGACGAUCUCUGUCUGGACGUCUCCCGCCUCAACGGACCCGUCGUCAUGCUCAAGUGUCACCACAUGAAGGGAAAUCAGAUGUUCGAGUACGAUGCUGAGCGACUCACCCUGCUGCACGUGAACAGCAACCAGUGUUUGGACAUGCCAUCUGAAGAGGACAAGAUGGUCCCCACCCUGAGAGACUGCAACGGCAGCCGCUCUCAGCAGUGGCUGCUACGAAACAUGACCCUUAACGUCUGAUCCCUCACCUCUCUGACUCCACCUUUCUACUCUCACCCUAACCAGUCCCAGCUCCACAGCCUCACCAGGUGGCUCACACACAUCAUAUGCAUCUUCCUGUUGCAGCUUUCCGCUUCAAUACGAAUGAUCCAGGCAGCAGCAGCAGCAGCAGCAGCUUUGGCUUCCAUUGUGGACAUGUCUCCUUUUACAGUUUGCCACAGAAGCUGCACCUGACAUUCAGGAGAAAUGAUGAGCUUGAGCUCGUCCAGUCUGAGCUGGGAGAUCGAUGUGUGAGGUCUGUGCAUGGAGAACACUGAUAUCGUUCACGCUGUGGAUGCACAGCUGUUAGCCGUGCAUCCACACUGUGCUCCUAAGACUGCUUAUUAGCUGCUGGACAAACAAUUCAACAGCAGAGCUUCUAUAAGAAGAAUGUUGCAAGGCUCUGCCGUGGUGUGUAGUGUAACAUGCAGUGCAUCGACUGUAGGUACAAUCAUAGGAGAGGAUUGUUAUAGCUGAAAUAAAUGGAAAGAGCUGGUGAUUGUAGAGCCUACAACACUGGAUUGUUCUCAUCACUGUUGGUGUAAGGGAACUAAAGAUAUGAUACUGAAGCGAUUGUGUAUUUUUUUCAGUCAACAUAUUUCUUGAAACUUUGUCUUAAGCUUCCAGCCACUGGUUGGAUGGUUCCCAUGGUAAUGGUUGACUGAUCUUUAGUGUUAGUGGGGAGACGCACUUUCAUGGUGUGUCGAUGACUACAUGACGACAUGAGUAACCUACUAUCAUUACUGUAGCAUUAGCUAGCAGCCGUUAGCAAUUUAAGAUACAGCAUUAAAUAUUUGGGAGGACCACAACAUGCUUAUUGUUCAUGUUACUUCGACAGACCUUCCUCCAUGGGUCAUUUGUGGAAUUGGUACAAUGUCGAAACAACAAUGCAACUCAGACUUAAUUACAUAAUAACGUAUGACUCAAAUUUCAAGCACUAGCAUUGUUGUCCUGUAACUCCAUGUCCCCUGGGUAACAGUAACACCAAUACUGUCAAUAACUUUAAUAAUAAAUUCAUAACUUUUGUUUUCUUUUUUGGUAAUUAAUAGUUUUACCAAAUAAAUGGAAAAGUCUCAGAAGAAACAAACACUAGUGAUAAACUAUAUCUUCAGAUUUUCUUAAAAACUAACAAAAGAAAAAAACAUAUACAGCGUUUUGUAAGUAUACCCUUCCGUUUUUUGUUUAAGAAUUGUUACCGCAUAUGUAUCCUGGUAUUUCUGUACUGCACCUUCCUUUCUGCCAUUGGCUGAUUUAUUGGUCAGGCUCUAGUUGUUGAAGUGGUUUUCUUGAGAGGCUGGAAUAAAAAUAAUGAUUUCAAACCAUCAUCUAUAGAAAAUGA